GUUCAAUUGAGGACCCUGAGUUGUGCUCUAACCGAUGCUUCUCGCACUGAUACUCCGAGAGCUCGAUCCUUUUUCGCCCGGUUGUCUAUCUAUCCGUUCUCACGACCGCGGUUUAUAAGGAGAUGGCUGCAUCGUACCAUCUCUUCUGCCCGAUGUUGUCACCAACAAAACUAGCUGCUGGUCCGUGCGUUCGUUAUUUCUUUUUAGUUCCGCUUCCCAUUUCUGACUCGACUUCGAUUUCCAAUUCCCCACACAACAGACCUCCACAACACAACCAGCCCACAUGUCGAAACCAUUUCCCUUCAUAGACGCUGCUGGUAGCACGCCGUCGCCGCCAAAGACUGCACCGCCAGCUCCUGUCGUCGGUUGCGAGAAAUUGCUGCAGCGCAUCACCGCCGAUAUCGCCAGUGCAGGUGCCGCGACGAUGAUUAUCGCGCCUCUCAUAUGCCUCAUAGACCGCAGUAUAAUGGAGAACGCAUCGGGGAAGACCAGUUCGGUGCUCGAGAGUGCGAAACUGCAGUUCAAGACCAUCGUCACCAAGCCGCAUAGGUUCAUCUUUUCAAAACCAUUUGCGCUCAUAUACAUGACCUACUUUGGAACGUAUAUGACCGCGAACACAAUCGAUACCGUCUCUGCAGUGCGAACGGGUGGCGAUAUCAAAGUAGUCACAUCAGGCACGGAGAAGUUUCUUGCGACAUCUACAGCAAACAUGUCCUUGGGCCUAAUCAAAGACCGCAACUUCGCCCGCCUCUUCGGCACUGGCACGCCUCGACCCGUUCCCUUACCAUCCUUCGUCCUCUUCUCCAUCCGCGAUGCCAUGACCAUCAUGUUCAGCUUCAACGUGCCGUCCCGGGUCUCGCAUCUGAUGCCGAACGCUUCGCCCUUCAUGUCCUCGGAGUCCAUCGCGCAGUUCGUGUCGCCCGUGAGCUGCCAGGUGCUAUCCACACCGCUGCACUUGUUCGGCCUCGACCUCUACAAUCGAGGCAGGAACGUCACCUGGAGGGAGCGGCUCCAGAUGAUAAAAGUGAAUUAUUCCCAGAGUACGCUGGCGAGGAUGUGUAGGAUUGUCCCUGCGUUUGGCUUUGGAGGCGUGACGAACACGAAGGUUAGGAGGAGUCUGUUGGAGAAGAUUGAGGAUAGCGCGUAGGAGAAGGUUUGGCAUGCAUACACGGUGGGUUGAAAAGUCGCUGUUACGAUUUCGUUCGUUCGUUCGGACGGGCAUGGGAUGGGAUAGAUGGGCGUUUUUGCUGCUGCUGCUGGUGUUUUGAUGAUUGCCUUCUUGUUCGCCUCAAAUUCUUCUUCUGAUACCGACGCUGAUAUUGGCUGGCUGGUUGAUACCACGAUGAUUUUCCUUCUUCGGCUUCUUUUUGUUUGAUAGAUAGACCUUUCCUUUUCUUUUGCAGAUCCGCGCUGGAUCGCUGUAAAUAAAAGUUGGCCAUUGCGUUGAGCAUUACCGCACACAUGCACC